CCGGACGCCUCACAACGUCCCUCCAAACCUAAGCCCUGUUGACCACGAUAGUGCGAUGCAACCUUAUUUCUUCGAAAAUGUCUACCAACAGGCCCUUCCAUCUCAAUCCCAAACCCUUGCGGACAAACCAACUGUUCCUCCGGUCGGAUUCAUGCACGAUCCGUACCAGAAUAAUUCUAUGAGACCGCGCCCGCCAGCACUUCAGACGCAAAACCUGGUCAAGGUCAAUGAACACCCGUCUGAAUCUCCGUAUUCAAGGCCACAUAGUUCUAUUGACAGCCCAUGCACGCAAUUAUCGACGCCGAUGACGCCCGCAAAAUCGCUAUUCUACAUGAAUGGCUCUGCCGCAGAUAGCUUGACUUCCUUCUCUCCUUCGUCAAACACGAGCGGAGAAUCUGCUUCGCCAGAACGAGCUUCUCCAGUAACUGACAACGCUCCGCUGGACGAAGCUGCUAGUAGUACAUCACUUACCGACCACUCUGGCAAUACGACCGAGCGUAAAAAACGCAACUCUAGGCGUAUGUGGACUCAUUCGCUCGAGAAAUACAUAUUCACUCCCCAUGAAAUUGCGACUUUGGGGACGCCGCAUCGGCGUACAAUAUAUUCCGCCUCACUCGAAGCACACAUUGAUCGCCUUCACAGCCAGUUGCUCGGCAUUGACCUCUUCCCUGUGGAUGUCAAGGAUCUCGAAGUGUACAGAGGUCUAAAUUGCAAAAUUGCAAAGGGUAUGGUCGCAGGACUGCAGCAUGACUUCGUCCGAGUCCGCACACAACUACUUGAAAUCGAACGUGCAAUGAAUAACGCUCGCGAGAUUGCAGCAAUGCGUGCGAACCACGAGAGGAUCAGAGCACAAUCUCAAGGGCAGGGGGAGACUUACGGACUCGGGUUGUCGAGUAACUUUUCUCGCGGAGCGUCACACAGUAAUAAUCAGCCGCGGGCUCAUGAUAGCAAUUGACUGCGUUUUAAACAGUCUCGUAGUGCUAGAGAAUAGCAGGUUACUCUCCAACGAGACUCAAUUGGCUCUUCGGCGAUAAAUUUAUUAAGCAUCCGUAGCUACUGUGAUGGUUUCUCAAUCCCGUCAAUAAAUCCAUUU